UUCAGCACCUGCGACGCUGCUGCCGACCGGGGCGUCGCGUCCUCCGCCGGGCGCAGAGCCGAGAACCGGCCAUGACUGCCAAAGAUAAUCCCUCAUUAUGGGGCUUUGGAACAACAAAAACAUUUAGCAUUCCUGUUGAGCAUUUGGAUUUCAAGUAUAUUGAAAAAUGUUCAGAUGUUAAACACUUGGAAAAAAUUCUUUGUGUGCUCAGGUCUGGUGAGGAAGGCUAUUAUCCUGAACUUACAGAAUUUUGUGAAAAGCACCUUCAAGGCUUGGCUCCUGAAAGUAGAGCUUUGAGGAAAGAUAAACCAGCAGCAACAGCAUCCAGUUUUACAGCAGAAGAAUGGGAAAAAAUUGAUGGUGAUAUAAAGAGUUGGGUAUCAGAAAUAAAAGAAGAAGAAAAUAAAAUGCACUUUCAUGAAACUAGAACAUUCCCUGCAGUGGAAGAUGAUUUUCCUCCAGUUCGUGGUUCUAACAGCUGUCUUCUUGUUGGCAAGGAAAAAUAUUCUAAAAGUACACCAGCUAAAAAGAAAAUUCCAAGGGAUUAUGCAGAAUGGGAUAAAUUUGAUGUGGAGAAGGAAUGUUUAAAAAUUGAUGGCGAUUACAAAGAAAAGACUGUAAUAAACAACAAGUCACAUUUGUCUAAAAUUGAGACAAGAAUAGACACAGCAGGCCUAACUGAGAAAGAAAAGGAUUUUCUUGCUACUCGUGAAAAGGAAAAAGGAAAUGAAGCUUUCAACUCAGGAGAUUAUGAAGAGGCAGUGAUGUAUUAUACUAGGAGCAUAUCAGCAUGUCCCACUGUAGCUGCCUAUAACAAUCGAGCUCAAGCAGAAAUCAAAUUACAGAACUGGAGUACUGCUUUGCAGGAUUGUGAAAAGGUCUUGGAGUUAGAACCUGGAAACCUAAAGGCUCUUCUGCGCCGUGCUUCUACAUAUAAACAUCAAAACAAGCUCCAGGAAGCUAUCGGAGAUUUGAGUAAAGUGCUGAAUAUUGAGCCUGACAAUGAUUUGGCCAAGAAAACCUUGUCAGAGGUUGAAAGGGAUUUAAAAAAUUCUGAAGCUACAUCUAAGACUCAAACCAAAGGGAGAAGGAUGGUUAUUCAGGAACUUGAAAACUCCGAAGAUGAUGAUGGAAUGGACAGUAGAGGAAAACAUGAAGAUGGCAGUGGAAAUAACCAACCUCUGAACAACUGGGGUGAAGAGGGGAGUAUUGAUUUUGAAAAUCAUUCCCAAGUUCUCGAACCCGCGGGAAGUGAGAGUGCAGAUGAUCUAAGUAUCUUAUAUUCAAAUAGAGCAGCAUGUUACCUAAAAGAAGGAAACUGCAGUGGCUGCAUUCAAGAUUGUGACAGGGCUCUGGAACUUCAUCCAUUCUCAAUGAAACCACUUCUGCGUCGAGCAAUGGCCUAUGAAACUUUAGAGCAGUUUGGGAAAGCGUACGUGGAUUAUAAAACAGUGUUGCAAAUAGACUGUGGAAUCCAGCUAGCAAAUGACAGUAUUAACAGGAUAACAAGAAUUUUAAUGGAGCUGGAUGGACCAAACUGGCGAGAGAAGCUGUCACCCAUUCCUGUGGUGCCUACUUCUGAGCCCCGGCAAGCUUGGCAUCCUGCAGCAGAGAUGACCACAAACCAAGCGGGAGGCUCUAACAGCUGUCGCCAGCUAGGUCUCACAGAUGAAAAAAGGUUUAAGACCCUGAAGGAAGAAGGAAAUCAAUGUGUGAAAGACAAAAACUAUAAAGAUGCCCUUAGUAAAUACAGUGAAUGCUUAAAGAUUAACAACAAGGAAUGUGCCAUAUAUACAAACAGAGCUCUCUGUUACCUGAAGCUGUGCCAGUUUGACGAGGCAAAGCAGGACUGUGACCAGGCGCUUCAGCUAGAUGACGGGAAUGUGAAAGCGUGCUACAGACGGGCACUGGCGCAUAAAGGGCUCCAGAAUUAUCAGAAAAGCUUAACUGAUCUCCACAAAGUUCUCCUACUAGACCCAAAUAUUGUUGAGGCAAAGAUGGAACUGGAAGAGGUAACCAGAUUCCUUAAUGAUAAGGAUAAUACAGCAUCAUUCAACAAAGAAAAGGAGAGAAGGAAAAUUGAGAUUCAAGAGGUGAACGAAAGCGAUGAGGGGGAGCCUGAAAUAACCUCAGAUGUCUCUGCGGACCACCCUGCUUCUGGGAAGGGAAGCGAAAGCAGUGAGCCCCCAGAAUCCUCCAUAAAACUCCACCUCUCCAAGCCUAAUAACGCCUAUGAAUUUGGCCAGGUUAUAAAUGCUGUCAGUACCAGGAAAGAUAGAGAAGCCUGUGCACGUCUUUUAGCCGCCACUGCGCCGAAAGAUUUGCCAGUGUUGCUGAGCAACAAGCUUGAAGGGGAUACCUUCCUCCUCCUCAUUCAGUCUCUGAAAAGUCCUCUCAUUGGCAAAGAUCCCUCAUUGGUGUAUCAGCAUCUUUUAUAUCUGAGUAAAGCAGAAAGGUUUAAGAUGAUGUUGACACUAAUGAGCAAGGGCCAGAAGGAGGAAAUUGAACAGCUAUUUGAUGACCUUUCAGACACACCAAACAGCCAUUUUACUGUAGAAGAGGUACAGGCCCUAAAAAGGCAGUAUGAGCUUUAAGUCAAGAUCCCUGCUGGACUUCUAUGCACGUGUGUGUUCCAGUGAUGCGAUGAGAUGGUGUUGUAAGAGAACUGCAUGGAUAAAGCUUGGCUAAGAAAAGAUCCCUUGUUUCGGACUGCAAACAUUUUACGUAUUUUUAUAUGUAGAACAUGUAUAUUAUGUGGUCUCUUUUUUAGUAGUUGUAAAUAUGUUCUUACGUACCAGAGCCAACACUUGUAUAUUUAAUGAGUAUAUUUGGAAAUUGUUCAAAAUACAUUUUAAUUUAUAGUAUACAUUUUCUUUUAAUAACUCACCUGUUAUAAUUGUGAGUUGUGUGGCCAAUGGAGUCCUCUUAAGUUUGAUAGGAAUGAAUUUCUUGAAUGUUCUUUUUAAAAAGUAAAAAGUCAUUAAUGGUGAUUAUUAUAUCACCUUAUUUUCUGCUAAGGUAAACCCCAUUUUAUACUAGUAAAAUGUGGAUUACAGUCAGUUAAAAUGAAAUGCGACACUGACGUUUAUAACAUAAAAUGAUUAAAUGAAUUGUGUUUAUUAAUUUAGAGCUAUAAACUUUAUCUUUUCUAACUGGAAGAACUGCCUAAUAACUAAGAAGAAAAAGUGCCCAAAAUUUCUACCACCUUUUACUAGAUUUUGAAAAGCAACUUUCCUUUAUAUAUUGCUUACUUAAAGAAAAAACCCCACUAUAUAAAAGCAAACUAAGCCUGCAUUUAUAUUUGAAUUAUCACUCCCAUAUUUUUCCUAGUCCCUUAAAUGGCCCCUCUCCUUUUGUUUUUGAUUUUCUUCUUUCGUCACGAUACUCCUUUACUGUAAAAAGGAGAGUGAAGAGUUCUCGCCAUGUUGAAAGUUCCUUUUUAAUUGGGUAAAGUAAAGGCAUUUUAGUCUC